GAUAAGAAAAACUGUCAAAUCGUUGCUUUUUAUGUUGUCAUCGUGUUGAUUAUUUCAAUUAGGCAUAGUAAUGGAUGUCAAAAGAAAUAAAAGACAUUACUAUGUUGCGAAAGAAUUCUUCCAUUCCAAGUAUGGACAUAAGCGAAAAAAACAAACCGUAGCGUGUAGCUCACAAUCUGAUGAUAAUUCAUCACGUUCCGUGCAACCAACUCAGCCGUUUCCAGAACAUGCCUCAGAAGAUGAAGGUUCACUACUUGACAAUUCUAGAUAUUCAGAAGAACUAUCAUCUUCGCCUCGUAAUGAUGUACAGGAUAUUAGAGAAGACACAAUCGUAACACUUUCGAAGAAUCUGACAGUUUCAUCGAUUCUUCCGGAAACAUCUCUACAUCAUCCGGUGGAAAUGGGAACUGUGAGGAAGGAAUCGACUAUGAUUCAGAACUUGGAAAAAGUAGCUGCUUUGAAUUAAAUGAGACGAUUGUUCCCGAUAAAAACAAGAAAAUUAAAUUCGAAUCAUCAGUGACCGUAGGAGAGGCUCAAUUGAUGGUUCUUAAUUAUUUCAUAAGACAUCAUCUUACUCAAAGUGCAUUAGUAGAUUUGCUCCGGAUGUUGAAUGUGAUGGCAGGAUUUAAACUGUUUGCCGAAAGUUUCGAAACGUUUUCUGCCGCGUUUCCCGAUCCAUAUAAUCAUUACCGUAUAUAUUUCUGCACUGAAUGUCAAUAUUGCAUCGGGAAAUGUGCCCCAACUGGAAAUGAUGUUUGUCCCUUGCCUGAUUGUGGAAGCAAAAGUUUCGACUUUUUCAUGACUAUUCCUAUUGAACAACAGAAGCUGUCAGUGAUAUAAGUCAAGGCAAAAUCAUCAAACAAAUAUCAGCGAAAGUUCCUGAAAAGCUAAUUACACUAUCAGUUAACACUGAUGGAGCUGCUGCUUAUCGCUGGAGCAUCAAUAAACCCUGCUACCCAAUAUUUCUCACGAUCAAUAACCUCCCACCACGGAUUCGAUUUGACAAAAACAAUGUGUUACUUGCUGCAAUAUGGUUAAGCAAAGGUGAGCCGAACAUACCUUUAUUCUUUAAGGAAUUUUGUAAAGAAAUCAUAGGGUUGAGUAAUGGAAUUAACAUAGGAUCUGAAGUAUAUAAAGUUGUCGUUGUUCAAAACUGUUUGGAUUCCGUGGCUAGACCAAAAUUACAAAACUCGACUCAGUUUAAUGGGAAAUUUGGUUGCUCGCUCUGUUUUCACGAAGGAAAAAUCGUUCUCGGAAAUCAAUUACGUUAUCCUUACAAAAACUCUCGAUGCAGAAAUCACUCUGAGACCAGACGUCAAAUGAUAGAAGCUCACAAGACAGGAAAGCCAAUAAAUGGAAUCAAAGGUCUCUCAGUGUUUCUAUCGAUUCCUUAUUUUGACAUAGUUGCAGGUUUCCCACCCGACUACAUGCAUAGUGUUUUGCUCGGUGUGGUGAGGCAAAUUUGGGAGCUCUGCACAGCUUCAGCCAAUCAUGCCAAGCCGUAUUACGUUGACCAAAAGCUGAAAGAAGUAGAAUAUCGGAUGAUAAACAUUAAAGUGCCUAGUUCUUUUUCUCGUUACCCGGGUAAAAUCGAAGAUAUGAACAAAAACAAAGCAAGUGACUGGGAAAACAUGUUAUUCCAUUAUUUUUAUCCAUGCAUGAUAGGGCUUCUCCCGCAAGCAUAUUUGAAUAACUUCAUGUUGCUUUCAAGCUGCAUUUACCAAUUAUUAGACGUUUACUUGACAGAAAAAACUAUCGAUAAGGUCGAAAAUCAAUUAAAGCGAUUUGUUCGUGAUUUUGGGAAGUUGUAUGGAGAAGAAAACAUGGUUUUUGGACAUGGAAAUGGGAUGAUUCUAGGAUUUCGAACAGGCAAUAAUCAUCCUGUAAUACAAAUUACAAAUAAAUACGUUUACAACAGAAUUUGUCAUGACAAAUCAUUGUUCAUCAACCCAAAAAUCAGUUCCUGGCAUGCUGCUUUAUGGCAAACAAAAUCUAUCUUGCAUUUGAAAUUUGACCAAAGACUACUUUUUGAAUUGCCUAAUGAAUUGAUUAUUGACGACAAUAUUAAUGAGAGAGAGUUCAGCUAUCAUUCCAAAUUUACAUUUGAUAACGUUCAGUAUUGUACCAGAGAAGCGUGUAAAAACUUAGCAUACGACGACUCUUAUGUAAAUCUUGAUGGAAACUUUUUUCGCAUAGAAAACGUUUUGACGGAUAAAAAUAACAAAAUCUACAUAAUUGGAUUUAAACUCUUAACAGCUAAGAUAAGUGUAAAUAUGUAUUCAUAUAAAGAAACCAACCAAUGUUAUCUUAAGCAAGUUACCAAAAACAUUCGAAUUUGUGUCAACACAGAAGUCCAAAGUGAGUCUUGUAAAACAAAUUAUGUUUCGUCGUGUAAACCGAACACACAAGUAAACUAG